AUAGAACACAAAACCAAAUAUGAGAAGGGAAAGAUCAUCUUGAAUAGAAACAAGUAGAGAACUCCUUCUCUUCGAACCCAAAGGUAAUGGCGUCGAUCGGAGACGAACAGCAUACCCCCGACCUCAUAACUCUCAUAUGCAGCGAGUUUACUGAUUCGGACCCUGAUGAAGAACCAGACGAGUUCCCCGAGAUUGUACUUUCAACGGCCGACAUCAGUAGCUGGGACCUGCCUUCGGUUUUUGCUCACAAACUCCUCAAAAUCGAAGUCAAUCCCAACAGGCUUAUUGAAGAAUCUUCAUAUUUUCGUGGACUCCUAAGUGGAAGCUUCAGUGAAAAUGGGCUUACUUCUGUGUCAAUACAUUGGAACGUGGAGUCUUUUGCCAGUGUUCUGAGGUUCAUAUUGGGUUGCCCUGUAGAAAUUACCUCUGAUAAUUUUAUUCCCCUGAAUGAGGCAGCUUUAUUCUUUGGGGUGGAGACACUUCUCUUGAAAUGCCAUGUUUGGUUGGAAGAAGUGACGUCUCAAUCACAACUAUUAUGUCUAGAUAGCUUGAUUGAUCUCUGGAAGUAUGGUCUCGAGCGUGCAAAUGAUACUAUCCUACAGCUGUGUACAAGUUAUCUGGCUAGGAACUUUAUGUGGGCAUUGUCAUUCAACUCAUACACUGAUUUCCCAGACAAACUAUUGUCGUCCUGUAUCGAGCAUCCCGACUUGACUGUAGACAGUGAGAAGCAUCUUGCUGAUGCAGUUCUAGUUUGGCUCACUGCAAAUACCACAAAAUCAGAGGGCUGGAGUUGCAAUGAUUUAUGUCACAAGAUACGAACAGGCCUUCUCCCCCUGUGGUUUGCUGCUGGAAAAAGGAGGUGCCAUUUCUUUACUAAGUUUGCUGAUAAAGCUACUGGUGCUAUCGUGAGUCUAGCAGGACAUAAUUGUAUGAGUUUGACAGACAUCUUUACAGAAGGUUGCUCGAGCCACCUUAGGAUUCGGUUAACCAAAUAUACACAGAAAGUGGAUGUUUCUGGUUGCCCACAGAUUACAGCAGGACUAUGUCUUCUUUCUGUGCUUCCAUCAUGCGAUGCAGAUCGGAUAUUGAGCAAGAUCAUUAAGAAGUCUUCUGCUAACCAUGCAAAUAGUCUCAGGGAUGGUUUCAGGCUCUCACUUGCCCUGGGUCAGGUGUUGACUUUUGAAGCGGUGCAGGAGUUGGAUAUUUCAAAUUGUCCAUCUCUUUUCCUGGAGUCAGCAAUUAAUUGUUUCUGCAAGUCAUUCCCAUCAUUACGAACAUUACGGGCAGCUUAUUUUUCAAACUUCAAGACAAGACAGUUGGGCCAAUGGGUGCAAAAAUUCCCUCUACUAACAAACAUCGACCUGACUUUGGAUAUUACCCCUGUUAUACCUGCAAAAAUAUCUAUUAUAGCAUCCUCAUCCGUUCCAUCACUGGAACCAUCAACAGCGUCAUCUGACAUAUAUAAUUGCCAGUCAGCUACUUCAUUAUCUUAUACAUCAAGGCCCUUGCCAUCAAAUGUCAUAAAACUCACUUUGGAAGGUCGAAUCGACAUCAGUGAUUCUGAUCUCCUUAUGAUUUCAGAGGUCUGCCAUUCUUUGAGUUACAUUAACUUGAAAGGCUGUACAUCAGUUACGGACCAUGGUAUAGCAGUAAUGAUUCUAAGAUGCAAAAUUCUGCAAUCAGUUUUGGCAUGUGAUACUUCUUUUCAGAACAAUUCAAUUCUGGCACUUUCAUCGGGUGUUUCCAGUGUAACGCAGCAACAUGAGAGGCACUCUCAGUUGAUUGCUCACAAACUUCUAACUCUGCACAUUGGUGGCUGCCGUGGGGUGACGGGAAAGCUUUUGUGUGAGCUUAUAUCUGGGGCAGAUAAUUUAAGGAGUCUGUGUCUCAGAGAAAUUCAACUUGUUGAUGAUGCUCUUUAUAGGUUUUCAGGGGCAUCCUUGGAGAUGCUUGAUGUUUCAGAUACCGAGGUCUCGAUUCCUGCUUUAGCUCAUGUUAUUUGUAGAAAUCCUGAUCUAAAGUCUCUAAAGAUAAGAGGCUGUAGGCGUCUGUUACGACAGGAAAGUGAAACUAAUGAAAGAAAGUUGUGUAUUCCAUCAUUCACCCCGCAAGAUUUGUACUCUGAACUAGGCAAGUCCUGCAAAUUGGAGGAGUUUGAAGUUGGAUGGGGGUUCUCAUAUUUCUCUCUUGCCGCCCUUAAACCAGCAAUUAUAACAUUAAGGAGCUUAGUUGUUGGUUUAGGUGGAUCCUUAGGUCACGAUGGCUUGAAGCUGUUACCCACCAUCUGUCCAAUGCUCGAGACAUUGAUUCUUUAUUUUCAGGUGAUAUCUGAUUCUGCCAUAACCGAAAUACUAAGAACCUUGCCACACUUGCAAUUCCUGGCUCUUUGCUAUUGCUUUGGUGACAUAUCCUCGUUAAGUUUUAACUUCAAUAUGCCAAAUUUGAGGAACUUGAAACUUGAAAGAGUAACGCCAUGGAUGACUAAUGAAGAACUGGCUACUCUGGCUGAGAACUGCACCAAUCUGGUUAAGCUUUCACUGAUAGGAUGCACAUUGCUCGAUUCUGAAGCACAAGCUAUAAUUUCAAGUGGUUGGCCAGGGUUGACAUCCCUCCAUCUUGAGGAAUGUGGAGAGAUAACUGCGAAUGGUGUAAGAUCUCUUUUGGACUGUCAUGCGCUUGAAGAUCUUAUACUACGUCACACCGGCUGUGGAAUUCCAAGAAACUUCAUCAUUUAUGCUGCUUCGAAGCUGCCAAUGCUUCGUAAAAUCUCACUUGAUGUAUGUGAUGCAAGCGAAAGUGAUUUCGACAUUCCAAGUUUUUCUGACAGAUACUUCCUCAGUACUGUUAAGAUUGCAAGAUGCAAGCUUCAAAAGAACACCUUAGACCUGCACAACUCGGCCGCUUGCAGAAGCCCGGUGCAUAAGGAGACACUAGUACUGGUGUGGAACAGUGAAAAGCUUGUGAGAACAUUGGUAAAGGAAAGAUUAUAGGGCUUACAUGUUGAACUAAGGAUCUCUGUCCUGGAAGGCCAACCGUAGCCAAGAUCUGUCUACCAUUUGGACAACUUUGAUGAUGCAUCUAUACCCAGUAUUCAUUUAUUUUCUAUCUUAUAUUUUUUUCAGUAUCUUUUAUCUAGGAAAAAGAAAAAAGAUAAUUCAUAUUUUGCUGUUUUCAAGAAUAUGUAGCAUCUGUAAUGGAAUUUGGUUUUGCCUC